GCGGAAGGCGGGCGGGUCCGGGGCCGGGGGGUGGCCGCGGGCGGGCUCUGGACCCGCGGCCAGUCGGGCUGUGGCCUGGGAAAGGCGCGCGUCCCGCCCUGACCCGCCUCUCCCCACUUGCAGCAGCGACGCGCCGCCUCGGAGCUGGAGCCCGCGCAGCGCCCCGCAGGGCGAUGGAGCGCCGAGCCUCGCGCGUGCCCGAAGCCCCGCCAGCCGCGCCAGCCGGGAGAAAACCAAAAGCCAAGGCUCCACUCCCUCCAGCUGACAGCAAAUGCACAAAUGCCUCUGUGGUUGAUGAUUCUGUAGAGUCCUCUGCUUUCAUCAUGGAACAGAAAGAAAAUUUGAUAGAUAAAGACAUUGAGCUCUCAGUCAUUCUGCCUGGGGAUAUUAUCAAAUCUGCUACUGUUCAUGGCAGUAAACCUAUGAUGGACUUAUUGAUAUUCCUCUGUGCACAGUAUCACUUAAAUCCAUCAAGUUACACAAUUGAUCUUUUGUCAGCUGAAAAUAACACUAUUAAAUUUAAGCCAAAUACACCAAUAGGAAUGUUGGAGGUGGAGAAAGUAAUUUUAAAGCCAAAAGUUUUGGAUAAAAAAAAGCCUACACCUAUUAUUCCAGAGAAAACUGUGAGAGUCGUGAUCAAUUUUAAGAAAACACAGAAGGCGAUUGUGAGAGUUAGCCCGCAUGCAUCGCUUCAAGAACUUGUACCCAUUAUAUGUAGCAAAUGUGAAUUUGAUCCAUUACAUACACUGCUGUUGAAGGAUUAUCAAUCUCAGGAUCCCCUUGAUUUAACAAAAUCUCUUAAUGAACUGGGACUAAGAGAAUUAUAUGCAAUGGAUGUCAACAGAGCCACUUCUGUUACUGCCUUCAAUAAGUCAUCUUUACAAGAGUCCUGCCAAUUGCCACAAAAUCUAGACAUUAUGAAGGAGAAAGAAAAUAAAGGUUUCUUCAGCUUUUUUCAACGCAGUAAGAAAAAGCGAGAACAAACUGCAAGUGCUCCUGCAACCCCUCUAAUAAGUAAGCACCGACCGGCAUUUACAAGGUCAAAUACCAUUUCCAAACCGUAUGUUUCAAACACUCUGCCAUCGGAUGUGCCCAAGAAGAGACGGGCUCCAUUACCUCCAAUGUCUGGGUCUCAGAGUGCACCCCAGGACCUUGCCCAUAUCCAGGAGAGACCAGAUCCCUGUGUAAUGAAAUCCAUGAGUGUGGACGAAACAAAUAAGAAUCCCCAUGGAGCAGGCCUAAUAAGAACUGGUUCCCUGCAGCUCAGCAGCACCUCUCUUGGGAAUUCAUCUUUGAAAAGGACUAAGCGGAAAGCACCUUCCCCACCUUCCAAAAUACCCCUACAUCAAAGUGAUGAAAGCUUUCAGGCGACAGACAGUGUUUCAGAAGCAAACUCUACUGAAGGUCUGUCAAGCCCAGACACUUCCCUUGGCCCUGGGCUCCCCAGUCAUGAACUGUGCACUGUGCCCAAAGAAGCCUCUCAGUGCUCUGGAUCGCCCGAGGCAGCCGUAGCAUCUCUGACAUCUGGAAUAAGCUCUGAUUUUAGCCUUGAAGAAAUAGAUGAAAAGGAAGAAUUGAAUGAAGUACCUAAAGAUGAGGCUGAAAAUAUUUCUCUGAAGUCACAGGAUAUUUCUGUGGGAUCUACUGAUAUAAUAAGUACAUCGAAUACUGUUCCUGACUCAGUCCUUGGCAAUGAUAUGGAAGAGUCCUCACAAAACUGCAAAGAAAAACAAGAAACUAGAAACACAGAUGGACAAGGACCAUGCAUUAUGGUACAUAAUACCAGCAUUCAAGAAAAGGUACCUGAUAGUAUAAGAAACUUGAAGUCACUUCAUCCUAAUCAAAAUGAUCAAAAUAAAAUAACUGUCAUUCCAAAAAACACAGAAGAUAUGAAAAAUGGAGUGAGGAGAACAGAAAUUACUGUAGGAGAAGUUGCCAAAAAUAACACUGUGGACGUGGAAGUUGACAGACUCUCAAACAAUGAAGCACAUAAAACUGACACUGCUCGAAAUUAUAAGGAAAAUAAUCUAGCUGCCUCAACAAUAUCAGACCAGAACCUGCAUCAGUCAAAUGCAGAAAAGACAAAAAUGCAAGAUGCAGCAAUUCAGACAACCCUUCCUUCUUCUAACAGUUUUGAUGGGAAUGACCAUAUUAAUUUACCUGACUGCAAGGUUGAAGAAAAUGUACAAGCUUUGACUAAUCACAAAUCAACUCAGCAUUCAUCUUUAAAUUCACAAGAUUCUGUAAAUACUUUCAGAAAAUUAAGGAAUCAGGAUUCCCUAAAUAUACAUUCAGAACAUCACUAUCAAAGAUCUAUCAAAGAUCCCAUUUCUGUACAUGGUAAUGAUGAUCUUUUGCCUCCUAUUGACGGGAUUGAUAAAAACUCAACUGCCUCUAAUAUGAAGAAUUAUCCACUUUAUAGACAAGAUUCCAAUCCCAGACCCAAACCGUCAAAUGAAAUUACAAGAGAUUACAUACCCAAAAUUGGGAUGACGACUUAUAAAAUAGUACCGCCCAAAUCCCUGGAAACAUUAAAAGAUUGGGACUCAGAAACCGUAGUUUAUAAAGAUGAUCAGGAAAGGCAUACGUUAGGAAAAAAACACAGUCAUCCAAGUGUGAUAGAAACUACAAUCCAAUCAGAAGAUGCUGUUUUUUCUGAAAGUCCAAAGGAGACCCACUCAGAUCCUAGACAGAUCCCUUCUCAGAGAAUGGACCAACGGAUCCACUCAACAGAGCGCCCACCCCUUAGUCCCACAGCAAAUUCACUGAAACCUGCACCGAAGAUGAUGAGAGACACUGGUACCAUUCCAUUUGCACCCAAAUUGGAAGAGAUAAACAGUAUUUUGGAAUCAAAAAUUAAACCACAGAUUUCAAACCCUCAGGCCAAGCCAAGUUCUUUUUUUUUGCAGAUGCAGAAAAGAGCUUCAGGUCACUAUGUGACGUCUGCAGCUUCCAAGAGUGUUCACACCAUCCCUAAUCCUGUGCCAAGGGAACUAACACAAAAAGAAAUGGAAAGGGAUCCUCCACUUUCUCCAGAGCAAACACUUCCCCCCUUAAGUAAAACAGCUCACUCUCCUCCACCUUCGUCCCCCAAUAAAUAUACUGAUAAUGGUAUCAGCAGUCAGAAGCCUAAAGAAACCUCUCCUCCCCCUGUUGCUCCGAAACCUAUGCCUCCUCUCUCAAGUCAGUUCUCAUCAUUAAAUCUGAAGACUUUGAAAACUUUUGGUGCCCCCAAACCUUACUCAAGCUCUACUCCUUCUCCUUUUGCCCUGGCUGUAGUGAAAAGGUCACAGUCUUUCAGUAAAACACCUGUCAGAUCCAGCAGUGAUCCGGCCUCAGCCUCGUCUCCCACUGAGAAACAGGGAGGAAAGCCUUGUGUGAAUCCCUCCGUGGAUAGCCCUGCUAAGGAAAAUGACUCUGCACAUAAUGAACAGAAUUUGCAAGUAUUAUCUUCAGUGGACUGCCCAGCCUUCCCCCUUAAGAGACAGAGUUCUUUUACAUUCCAGAGCUCCAGCUCUGACCCAGAGCAGAUCCGGCAGAGUUUGCUGACUGCAAUCCGCUCUGGAGAGGCUGCUGCCAAAUUGAAAAGGGUUGCUGUUCCAUCAAAUACAAUCUCUGUGAAUGGACGGUCAGGACUCAGCCAUUCCACAACCUCCGAUGCUCAGGAUGACCAUUAGAUACCGUGUGUACCUGCACUUCACCACUGCUUCAUAAGACAACUUCAGACUAAUGGAGAGUAUUGACCAGUUGUAUAUUUAGAUAUACACUAAUAUAUUGUCUACAAAAGCAUACGAUUUUGUGCUAUGGCUAUUAAUGCCCAAAAGAGUUACCAGAAUUUAUAAUUUAUAAUAUUUCACAUGUUUUUGCCUUAGAGCUGAAUUUGCUGCUUUAGAACUUUAAGACAGGGUGUUAAUGACACUCUUUUUUUUAAUGAAAAAUUGUCACCUUUUGUUAAUUUCACUUAUUGACACAUUUUUCACAAUGGUGACUUAGAAGGAUAAAUUAAGGUUCAUGGAUAAUUUGUGUGACACAUAAAAGCUAAGAAGCAAACGUAGAUCUGACAUUUGCUGCCUCUAUGUUAUAGUUUAUUUGGAAAUGCUUAUAAAUUCCAAUGCCUAAAUGGGCUGAACAUAAAUUAUAUCAAGUAAGUAUAUUCAGUUCAACUGUUAAUUUCAAUGAUGAUUCAUGUACUGUAGCAAGUCUCAUCUUAUAUGCUUGUUAUAUACUUACAAAAUUACUGUCAAAUUUAUGGAAAACUCCUAGUAUUUUGAUAUUUUAUUAAGUGGAAUACUUGUUUUUUUCAUCUUUAUAACUUAAAUGGCACAAGAUGAAUUUUAAGUAUUUUCUGUAUAUAAUUUUGACAUCAUCACACAGACAUACAUUUUAUUUGCCACCCAGAAGCCUUAAAAAUCUUCCCGUGACAGUGCUGAUAUAUUGUGACAAUUAUUUCAUAUCCUGUACAUAUAGAAAAGAAUAGGGGUUAGUUUAUAUCCAUAUUGGAAAAAUUUAAAGACUACUUGGAGGGUACAGAAAUCCUGGUUUAAUUAAAGUGGAUGAUAAAGUCAUUAUAUAGUUUCAGAUGCUAAUAUUCUAAAUGAUAAUAUAUAUUUACUUUAAUGCUAGAACUGUUAAGCAGAACAUUCCUAAUUUGUUAGCUUAUAACUGUUCCAGAAUUUAGAGCUAUUGAUGUUCUAUCCCCUCUUUAAGAAUUUAAUUGCUCACUCAUUGUAAAAGCUUUGUCAAACAAGCUGAUGUUAAGUUGCUUGUCUGUAAAUUUCCUAGGAUGUUUGCCUCUUGGAAAAAUAUGUUGAUUUUCUCCUCGUGUUUAAUAAAACAUAGUGAUACACUUA